AUGCAAGAUGGAGUGCAAUCUAAGUUCAAAAAGGAUGAAGUGCUCCAGUGCGUCUUUUGUAAAAAGUGGUUAAAAUUCUAUAAUCUGCUUACACAUCUUCGAACUAUUCAUGGUGAGGAAGGUAUCGCAGAAGCACGGAACUUGUGGAGAGAACCACAUAAAUCGGUUUCCUGUCCCGCAGAAGGUUGCUCGUAUUUGGGGACGAGCAAGGAUGCUUUAAGAAGACAUACUGCAAAGGCACAUCCAACUAUCAAAAGGAGAACUCGACACGCGAUAUUAUGCACCCUUUGCAAAAAAGAUGUAGGCGAUCAGGAAGGGUUUAAUGAACACUGUUACACCGAACACGGUGAUGAGGCUUGCAGAGUGCAGUUCAUAAGUCUGGAGAGCGUGACUGCCUUUCAGGUGUGGAAGGAAUCCAUGGAGAAGGGGUUUUGUACAUUUUGGAAGGAGGCAGGCCUUGCGAAGAUGCAUGGUUAUACAUUGAAGUAUUUCAAGUGCAAUAGAGCUGGCAAGUAUGUUCCGCGCGGAAGGGGUCUGCGAAUACCUCAUAAAACAAUGAUUGAUACACAAUAUUGCACCUCAUUUGUUAAGGCGAAAUUCUAUAAUGAAGGUAACGUGGAUGUCAGAUUUUGCACAAGACACAGUGGUCACAGUCCUUCGGUAGCGCCCUUGGCCUUGUCGACGUCUGACAAGGAGAGAAAAGAGUUGCUUGAUAGCAUUAAAACUCGACUGCAUCGUUUGUAUGCAAUUGCGCAAAGUUUGUCUGUACGCGAGAAAACUGAGGAAAUUAUGCGAAAGUUGGAUAAUGACGUCGCACAAAUUGAGAACCAAGAGUACGGUAUUCCCGCAUCCACUUUAGUACCUAUAGGCAAUGAUACUGCGCAACGAAGUUACGGAACGCCCCGAGGAGGGAUUUUAGGACAUUUUGACAGGCUUAUCGAGCGUCCCGCCCACAAAACCGACGUGAAAAGGACAGAGUUCUAUUGUAAGUUGACCGACACCGAUGCGCAAAAUCUUUGCGGCAUAUGUUAUGAGGAACACCCACAAGUGCAGGAAUGGAAAACGGAAGAAAUGUUUGUCGGGUGGUGGUCUUGCGAUAGCUGUAACGUCUGGAUGCACCGUGACUGCAUAUCAUCCAAACAGUGCCCGAUAUGCUUCAAGCAAAUGGAGCCCGAUGAAUUAGAGAUACUCUAA